CCUUUUAUUUGUAUUUUUAUUUCAAAAUUAAAAAUUUUUCAAAUUUUUUGGUAACAUACUCUCCACAUGCAUUCACAAUAAAUUCAAACUUUUUCUUCUAAAAUUGAAAAAUUUAUAGACCGCGACCGUCAUGACUGAGGCCCGAGAUAUAAUCUUCGAGUCCCAAUUAGCAGUCGAGGGUAAAAGAUAUGAACACUUAAUAGAUGUUUUCAAAAAAAUCAAUGCUACCGUCAACUACGCUAAUUAUAAACUUACAACAGAAGAGCGAGACCUCUUUUUAGCUGCAUAUAAACACCAAAUUGGAAAGUUGGUGGCUGCUUGGCGCACCAUUUCUGAAUGGCAGAAGACAGAGCACACCUUAGGAGAGCAUGACCUUGAAACGACGAAGGAAGCAAUGAAAGCGAAACGUUUGGAAAUUGAACAAGAGGUACGGGUUAUGUGCGGGGAAAUAACAAACGUCUUGGAUCAACACCGGUUUCCAUCCUCCAAUGUGGAAGAUCGCAUAUUAAACAUAAAAAUUCGCGCUGAUUGUCAUCAUUACUUGGCUGUGGUAUGCAAUAGCGAAGUACAGAAAGAAAAUGCAUUAGGAGCCUAUUCACAUGCUUCUGAGUUGGCUACUAUUAAUCUGCCGCCGGCACAUCCAAUUCGUUUGGAGGUACAUGAGAGCUUUGCAGAUUUUUAUUUCAAUGUACGCCAUCUACCGCAGCUAGCAUUAAAUCUCUUACGUGCUGAGGUAAAUAAAGCGAAGUGCAUACACCAGGGUCAGUUAUUGCUUAGUAAAUGCAAGAAGUCAAAGGAGAUAAUAGAGCAUCUUGAAGAAAGUAUUAAACACUUCGAAGAAACCAAGAAAAACAGUAAGCGUGAUCCUUUUCCUUUCAGUGACUUGAUUAGCGAAGAUCAUUUCAAUGGAAAAACUCUAUGGCUAUUGUAAAAAAAAUUUUUUGAAAUAGAGCUAGAGCUUUCGGAAAACGCAUUGGCGGAAAGAAGUGUUAGAACUUUAGGGAGAUUAAGGAAUAGAUGGAUCGGAGUGGAGAGAAGAUAAAUAUUUAUUCAAAUUCAAGUUCAAUAAAUUUAAAAGCAUCAGUUACAAUUUAAGAAGCAUUCGAUUUCAAAAGCCAUAAACACAAUUCAAUUUCAACACAAUAAAUCAAACCUAUUUUGCAAUAGAAAUUCAAUAAAGAUUUGUUUUUUAACUAU